AUGUUGCCUUCUAUGCCAAUAUUGUUUAGCAGGGAGAGCCAGGAUGCUUUCGGGAAUAAGAUAGAGCGAACAACACCCUUUUUAACACAAAAUAUUGUCCCUAAAACAUCUAGUAAACAAGAGGCCGAAAGUUUGAUAAUUAGUGAAGGAAGCUCCAAAGAGACUCUAAGGAAUUCUAAGGAUAAGAAUGACAACAAAAAGAAUGGUGCAGACAAACCAAAACUCAAUGAAAAUCAGUUAGAAACAGCUUUGGUCAGGUCAUACUAUACCAAAGUACGAUCAAGGUUUCCCACCAGUUCAGCAGUACCAAUUAACAAAUUUGCCCAAUUUCGUACUAUACUGAAAUCAUAUGAUCCUGGGAAAGAAACACCUAUAGACUUGUACAGAAAAAUUGAGGAAUUAUUUGGGGAAGAACACAAGGAUAUUGUGGAGGAAUUCCUGUUGUUUUUGAAACCUGGACAAGCAGCUGAACUCGGGAAAUUUAUGGAUUAUUUUAUGAUGACACAAAUGACUAGUUUUAUAGAAGUAUUACAGACAACUUUCUACCGCAAACCAACAGUCUACCGUAAGAUACUACGCGCAAUGACCGCUGGAAUCAACAGUGGGUCGAGUCAGGAAAUGAAGACACGGGUCCAGCCCCAUCUGAGGUCCAAUCCUCGUCUGGCUCAGAUGUUCAAAUCGCUGUUCCCUGAUGAGAGGCCUCCUGAUAGCGUCUACGAAAGUAACACCGAUAUUAUGGACGAGUCUUGCCUGGAUUGUGACAAGGGCUAUGACGUGUGGGAGUUUGAACCUGAAGAUAAAAAGAGACAGCUAGAUAUUAAAUCGGGGAUAGACUCCGUUUAUCUACACGGCCGCGUCUUCCUUCAACAUGGCAGGAUAUUGAAAUCGGCGUGCGUAACGUACCCGUACAGCAAAGAGCCAUACCGAGUGCACUCCAGACGUCUGGCCCCAAACACUUGCAUCUCACCACCAGACUCAGAAGAAGAGCGAGCCAACAAAAGAAAUAACAAAACCACCUGCAAAGCAUCUCCAAAGAAAAGCAAGAAGCAGGUGAAAUCGCCAACGAAACCCGCGAAAGACGUUAACGACAACACGAAGAAAGAUCUCAAACAGAUCAAAGUGAAGAGGAAAGUGAAAACCAAGUGUAACGAUAAGAGAAAGGAGACAAAAGUCCCAAUACAAAAGAAAGAAGAGAAGAAGCCAAAAGACGCUAAAGCCAAGAACUGGACGAGGGAAGAGGACAAAACGAUGCUAGAAGUUCUAAAGGGGGAGGGCGGGUCAGAUAAGGUGCUGCUUAGAAUAUGCGAGCUAUUACCUCAUCGGUCGCAAAGCGAAGUCAAGGAGAGGUUCUGUCAUGUCAUGAACCUCUUGCACCAGAUGGCAGUGAACGAAGUUAGGUAG